AUGGCCGGCCCGUCCGACGGCGACCCCGACGGAUGGGUCGAGUUCUGCGAGCGUCAAGCUAAAACUGCCGCUCAGGACUUCGCCAAGGCUUGCUUGCAAUACAUACAAACCAGCGCCGGAGAAGUAGCGGCACGACCGAUAUCUCAAAAGGAAUUUUUAAAGAAAUUUAUAGAAUGUUUUUCCGAACAAUUUGAUUUCGAAUUUGGUAAAUUGAAAGCACUACACAAAUUACCGAACGGUACACACACGGGCCACGAUGAAAGCGAUUACUCAGAAGAUACGGACUCACCUAAAACUCAGCAUAAACCGUUUUUUCGCAGAUUAUCAUUUAAAGGUCUGCGCCGGGGUAAGGGUCUGUUUCAUAAGCAGCAUUCUGAUGAAGUAGAAUUGUCAUCUAAUUUAAAUAAACACAAGACUAAAUUAGCUAAGAUUGUAGUGGAAUGUCGUAAAGAAGGCCUUGUAAAUUAUUUAACUCCGGAGAGCCUCGAACAACCCGGAGGCCCUCAAAAAUGGGAGAAGUGUAGACUGGCUCUUGUAAAGACAGUGGGAGGCUAUAUGUUAGAAUUCUAUUCACCUCCGAAAGCACAAAAACCUAGAAGUGGGGUUUUCUGUUUCCUCAUAUCAGAGGCUCGAGAAACAACGGCCUUAGAAAUGCCUGACCAUGAAAAUACGUUUGUAUUAAAGGCCGACAAUAACAUGGAAUAUGUUAUAGAAGCGGCAGAUGUUGAUGACAUGAAGUCAUGGCUGGCAACCAUAAAAUACUGUAUGAGAUCAGCACCCACAUCCCAACCUCCCCCAGAGUCUUUAGCCGGACAACCUGAAGCGGCUCCGCCCGAUCUCCCACCUAGAAGAGACUUGCCUUCUAGUACGAGUAUUGCUGACCUAGCUAUAGACACACCAGAAGAGGCUGAACUAGGGUCGAUAGCGGAGGAAGCAUGCGAAUCAUCGCCAAGGCUAUCCCUGGCUGAGUGGCCGUGGUUCCACGGGACACUAGCGAGAGCGGCGGCGGCUGCCUGCGUCCUCGAGGGAGGGGCGGCGGCCCAUGGUUGCUAUUUAGUUCGACAGAGCGAAACUAGGAGGGGGGAAUACGUGCUCACUUUCAAUUUCCAGGGCCGCGCCAAGCACCUGCGCAUGACGCUGAGCGCGGCGGGCCAGUGCCGCGUGCAGCACCUGUGGUUCCCCAACGUGCACGACAUGCUGGAGCACUUCCGCGCCAGCCCCAUCCCGCUGGAGUCGGGCGGCGCGGCCGACGUCACGCUCGGCCAGUUCGUGGCCGUCGACCGCCGCCAGGUGGGCGAGCGCGGCCGCGCCCUGGGUAUAUCUCACGGGAGCGAUGUUCGUAUGCGACGCGUGGAACUUGAGGCGCUAUUGGCCGCGAGUGGCGCGCAGCGAGAUACUCGUGCUGUCGACAACCAGUAUUGGGAUCAGCAUAAUUAUAUGCAAUUAGAUGCUGAUUUUACGGAUAUAGAGCGCUGA